AGAAAUUUUGUGGAGUCAACGGAGAAAGUUGAUAAUUGCAGAGAGGGAGAUUUGAAGGUCGGGGAGGCUGAACUAAGGAGCAGGCGGAUAGCAAUAGGUCGGACAGAGAGUAUGGAAUUCAAAUGGACAGAUUUAUAGAGAAGAGUGUCAAAAAGGCAUUAACUAUGGAUAAGGUGGGGAGAUGGAUAAAAGAGAGAGCAUUAAGUAUGUAUGAAGAUAAAUAUAAAAUAAAAGUGAUCUUUCUCCUUUAUGGCUCAACGAUCUCUCUUCCUUUUACCAACUCCAUUUAAUACAACACUGUAAUUCAUUUACUAUAUAUAUAUAAAAACACUGUAAGAGUGUUCUUUACCUCCAAAACCGAUGGAAUCGUCUCCCAAGGUCAGCCAUGGCGGCAUUGCCCUCCAAUCCGCUCAAUUAAUGACUCGCCUACGCUUGACAUUCUUCCAACUAAAACAGUUUUUCAUUCUCACCCUUCUCAUUUCCAUUGAAGCUCAUAUUUUCUUAAAAGGAUGGAAUCCCAUGUUCCAUAUCUUCUUCCUUUUCUCUUGUUUUGUUGUCUAUGUGAUUCUCAGGCGAUUCUUCUUGAAUGCUCCUCGUUCUGUCUAUUUGGUUGACUUCUCGUGUCUUAGACCACCAAGCUUCCUCAGAGUUCCCUUUGCCACCUUCCUUGAAAAUGCUACUUCGAUGGAUGUUUUUGACAGCGAGAGUCUCAGUUUCAUGGCCAAAACUCUCAAAUCUUCUGGACAGAGUGAAGAAACAUGUCUCCCUCCAGCCCUGCAUUUCAUUCCACCCAAAACCCAUCAACAGGAAUCCAUUAAUGAAGUCCAUAUGGUGCUAUUUCCUGUCAUGGACGAUCUUUUAACCAAAACCCAUCUCUCUCCUCAUGACAUUGAUAUUCUCAUCGUUAACUGCAGUGGCUUUUGUCCUUCUCCUUCCCUCUCCUCCAUAAUCAUCAACAGAUACUGCAUGAGAAGCGAUAUUAAGAGCUUCAAUCUCUCUGGAAUGGGGUGCAGUGCAAGUGCUGUGGCCAUUCAUUUAGCUGAAAAUCUACUUCAGGUCCACGAGAACUCAAAUGCCGUAGUGCUAAGCACUGAAAUUCUAUCAAACGGUUGGUAUGCGGGAAAGGAACCCUCCAGAUUAAUUCUGAACUGCUACUUCCGCAUGGGCGGUGCAGCUAUUCUGCUCACCAACAGAAAAGAGGCGAAAGAUUAUUCAAAAUACAAACUAUUCAAAUCACUUCGAACCCUGACAUCCUUCGACGAUAAGAGUUAUCUUUCAGCCAUGCGGGAAGAGGAUAAUGACGGAAAACUCGGGGUCUCUGUGACGCGAGACACGCUACAGGUUUUCCCAGAAACUCUCCGGAUAAACAUAACCCUUCUUGGUUCAUCAAUCCUGCCAUUAUCAGAGAAACUAAAACACGUGGUUUCGAGGCUACGGAAGCGAUUCUUGGACAAAUCCCAAGAAAUUUACAUACCCAAUUUCAAGACAGUGAUCAAUCAUUUUUGCUUGCCGGUAUCAGGGGGUACAGUGAUAAGGGCGAUCGGGAAAGUGCUGAAGCUCAACGAUAAAGACUUGGAAGCGCCAUUGAUGACUCUGCAUAGAUUUGGGAACCAGUCUUCCUCUGCAUUGUGGUAUGAACUUGCGUACUUCGAAGCAAAAACUCUCAAAUCUUCUGGACAGAGUGAAGAAACAUGUCUCCCUCCUGCUCUGCAUUUCAUUCCACCCAAAACCCAUCAACAGGAAUCCAUUAAUGAAGUCCAUAUGGUGCUAUUUCCUGUCAUGGAUGAUCUUUUAACCAAAACCCAUCUCUCUCCUCAUGACAUUGAUAUUCUCAUCGUUAACUGCAGUGGCUUUUGUCCUUCUCCUUCCCUCUCCUCCAUAAUCAUCAACAGAUACUGCAUGAGAAGCGAUAUUAAGAGCUUCAAUCUCUCUGGAAUGGGGUGCAGUGCAAGUGCUGUGGCCAUUCAUUUAGCUGAAAAUCUACUUCAGGUCCACGAGAACUCAAAUGCCGUAGUGCUCAGUACUGAAAUUCUAUCAAACGGUUGGUAUGCAGGAAAGGAACCCUCCAGAUUAAUUCUGAACUGCUACUUCCGCAUGGGCGGUGCAGCUAUUCUGCUCACCAACAGAAAAGAGGCGAAAGAUUAUUCAAAAUACAAACUAUUCAAAUCACUUCGAACCCUGACAUCCUUCGACGAUAAGAGUUAUCUUUCAGCCAUGCGGGAAGAGGAUAAUGACGGAAAACUCGGGGUCUCUGUGACGCGAGACACGCUACAGGUUUUCCCAGAAACUCUCCGGAUAAACAUAACCCUUCUUGGUUCAUCAAUCCUUCCAUUAUCAGAGAAACUAAAACACGUGGUUUCGAGGCUACGGAAGCGAUUCUUGGACAAAUCCCAAGAAAUUUACAUACCCAAUUUCAAGACAGUGAUCAAUCAUUUUUGCUUGCCGGUAUCAGGGGGUACAGUGAUAAGGGCGAUCGGGAAAGUGCUGAAGCUCAACGAUAAAGACUUGGAAGCGCCAUUGAUGACUCCGCAUAGAUUUGGGAACCAGUCUUCCUCUGCGUUGUGGUAUGAACUUGCGUACUUCGAAGCAAAAGAAAGAGUUGAGAAAGGAGACAAAGUUUGGCAAAUUGGGAUGGGCACUGGGCCCAAAUGUGUUAGCUUGAUUUGGGAAUGCAUCCGGCCCAUUUCCGGAGAGUCCAAGAAUGACCCAUGGGCCCAAGUAAUCCAUCACUAUCCAAUCGUAGGCCCAUCAACUUAAAUCUCGCAUUAUCCACCUACCUUAUUAUUACUGUUAUUAUUAAUUCUAUAAACUUUAUUAUUACGGUCAAUUAUGCAUUAAUUUAGAGCUUCUUCUAUUUUAUCUUCAUAAAUUCUACCAAUGUAGCA